UGCUCUCUCACAGAGUGUACGGUGUCUCUUGGACUCAUUAGCCUACAUUCACUGCGACUAUGAAAAAGAUGGCAUGGCUCUAUAAAGCGUAAUUCCUCUACCUGAUCAUAUUUUGGAUAUAGGCUAGCCAGAUGCAUGCUAUGAAAUUUUCUUGGGAGCUAAAUUAAUUGUUGCCAGGCUGUGCCUGCAUAGCGUACUCGUAGCAUUAUUACUCCUUUCAGGGCUCUGCGAGCUUCGCAACAUGUACAAGUUAUGCAUUGCCAUCGUAAUGUGCUGUGCGUUAAAUCCGCGGGGCUUUGCAUUCCCAAUGACCAUGGGUGCAGAUCCCGGGUCACAGCUUGAGAUGAAUGCAGAGCAAAAUGAGAGGCUGCAGGAGGAGAUAGAAGGUCAAGAGAGCAUUCUCUCUAAGCUGCUGGGUGAUUAUGACAAAGUGAAAGCCCUCUCGGAAGGCUCUGACUGUCGGUGUAAAUGUGUUGUCAGACCCCUGAGCAGGAGCGCCUGCCGGCGGAUAGAAGAAGGGAGCGCCACUGCGCAGGACUUCUACACUGUGGAGACUAUCACCUCUGGACCAGAGUGCAAGUGCGCCUGCAUCGCUCCACCGUCAGCGGUCAAUCCCUGCGAGGGAGAGUUCAGGCUGAAAAAACUUAGGGAAGCUGGAAAAGAGAAUGUCAAGCUAUCCACCAUCCUUGAGCUGCUGGAGGGUUCUUUCUAUGGCAUGGAUUUACUGAAGCUGCACUCCAUCACCAGUAAGCUCGUGGAUCGUGUGGAACACAUUGAAAAGGCAGUGUCUCUGAACAACACCAUGAAUGAGGUGAAGCCCCAGGAGAGCCCUCUUAUUCAGGCAGAUGUGACCGAAAGCCCACCCACCCCUCCUCCUCACCGGCAUCAGGACAAGACAAGGCUCAGCAAAGUCAGUGGGGCAGCAGCAUAUCAGGACCCAGAGGGAAAGUAUGAGGAGAAGUUUAUUGGGGAAAAUUUGUCCAUCCUGCAGACAGAUGGUUCUGCUCAGAUCAUUGAGGUCAAACCUCAGGUGACUCCCAAAAACGUGGCUAACAAGGAGGCUUCUCAGGUGUCGAAGACUGGUUCCAAUGGCAUGAUCAUCAGAGGAAUGACUUUUUAUAAAUCUGAGCCAGAUCCGAUGGUGGCAGAUGACGGGGAGCCUGGAGAGAACUUUUUUGAGUAUCAUGGAUUCAGUGGUGAUGGCUCUAUCAACCUCUUCAUUGAGGAGAACCUUCUUCAGCACAGAGACUCUCGCCCCAGGAUGAGGGCUGGACCAAGAUCCUUUCGACCGAAGUCAACAGCUUCUGUGCACAGUAUCAAGAGGACCAGCCAAUCAACAAAACCGAAAGAAAAUGAGCCCCCCUUGGAAACUCAUGAGUCCAUCGGUGCCAUCGAAACCACAUUAGUUGAUGUCUCUACAGAUGCGCAGAGGGACACGUCCACGAGGAAAAGUGUCACGUUUGGACCAACCACUGCCACACAAAAAAUCAGGACCACAGACACUGCACCUCAGACUACUCAAAGAGUCACUGCUGGAAUCACUAAGUGGCCAAUGACCAUGAUGGAUGAACCAGCUGGCACAUCCUCAAGCGUCACUGCCAAGGAAAUAACCAAAACUAUAAUGUACCGAACCCAUCCCUCUGAAAUUACAGCCACAGAGGAAAUCAUACCAUCAUUCACAGCAAGAAAUACACCAACUACCAUGAUGGAAAUGUCUACCCUGGAGCUGAAAGAGCAAAUGCAAACCAUACCUGACAGCGCUGCAGCUAAUCCAAGCACAGAGGCUUCAGCCACCAGUCCAAUGUCAACCACUAGCCCAACUUCCACUUUGGCCAUUACAACCUAUGCUGCCCAGACCUCAGUACCAGCACACCCCACAACAGCUUCCACAACGGCUACCUCCACACAGGCUACUACCACAACACCAGAGGAAGAAAAUGAAUCCACCUUCUUCUCAGGUUCAACUUUGCCUCCUACCACACAGAGACUGACCACAUUGCCUUCACACACUUCUGUGCCUUUCACCACACCAGUGACUACCUCCUCUACAGCCACCACCACCACCACUGCCACUACCACCAUCACAACCACUACCAAGCAGGCUGCUCAAGUCAAAAGGAAAUACAAAAUCAGCUGGGAAGAAGAAGAGCGGGAGGAAGGACACCUGGAAUUAGAUGAGCCAAUGCAAAGACAGGAGGAAUCGGCUUCGGAAAAACAUGGGGAGUGUAAGGACACUUUGGCAACAAUCUCCGAGCCCAUAACUCACAACACCUUUGGCAGGAAUGAAGGAGCAUGGAUGAAGGAUCCGAAGUCUGAUAAUGACAAAAUUUAUGUCACAAACUUCUACUAUGGAAACAACCUCCUAGAGUUUCGCAACCUGGAGGUUUUCAAACAAGGCCGUUUUACCAACUCCUACAAGCUUCCUUACAACUGGAUUGGCACAGGCCAUGUGGUCUACGAUGGGGCCUUCUACUACAACCGUGCCUUCUCCCGUGACAUCAUCAAGUUUGACCUGCGUCAGCGUUACGUGGCCUCCUGGACCAUGCUGCACGACGCCCUGUUCGAGGAGUCGUCAUCACCGUGGGAGUGGCGCAGUCACUCAGACAUCGACUUUGCCGUGGACGAGAGUGGCCUGUGGAUCAUCUACCCGGCUCUGGAUGAUGAAGGCUUUUUACAGGAAGUGAUCGUCCUGAGUCGGCUGAACCCCACAGACCUCAGCAUGCAGAGGGAGACCACCUGGAGAACAGGGCUCAGGAGAAACCACUACGGGAACUGCUUCAUCGUGUGUGGCGUCCUUUACGCUGUCGAUAGCAACAACCAGAGGGACGCCAACCUGGAAUACGCCUUCGACACUCACACAAACACUCAGAUGAUUCCCAGAAUGCCCUUUACCAAUAACUACACCUAUACCACGCAGAUUGACUACAAUCCCAAAGAGGGUGUGUUGUAUGCAUGGGACAAUGGACACCAAGUCACAUACAACAUUAAGUUUGCUUAUGUAGACCCUUAGUAAGGGUCUGACACUAGUUAUUUUAAAAGUUAAUUCUAUGGUUUGGAUGGAUUGUAGAUCAGUCCACAUGGCCUUCAGUACGGAGACAAAUUGGGGCCAAAUGUACAUAUAUACUUCAGUAUAUUGUGAUUAAAUUGCUUUGUUUUUUGCAAGAAGGUUUUACAUAAAAUAAAUGAAAAAGUGAGCCUUGUUCCUCAGUCAACACAUCAAGUUGUACUGUAUAUACUGUAAUGCUGUAAAAAAAAAAAAAAAAAAAAAAAGUAGAAGAAGCCCUACGAGCUAAAUGAAUGUAGAAAGGUGUCAGAAUCAGUCAAUGGCUUAGG